AUGCUCAAGUCGUGGUUUCUUUCGCCCAAGGGACAGCUUGGGCCGGGUUUAGCCCACGCCAUGUAUCGGAGGCACCGAAGCGACGCUGUGCCGGGACAUACUCCCGCGCUAGGAGCUGGCGGGCGCGUUAGAGAAGGAGGCUGGACGAUAAAAGGAGGUUCGAUGCCGAAUGGCAGCCCGAUGUCGAAUGGCGGAUUGGACGAGAAAAGAUGGUUUUCAAAAGUCCUGGAUGGGGCCAAGCUUGACCAGGCUAGAGCUGUGCCUGGUAAGCGGGAGAUAAGUUUGAAAAUCUUCGACCCUUAUGUGGACCAGUACCCCAAAGCGUAUUCCCCCCAUGGAUCUCAUCCUCCGGGUACUGGGUCCAUGGCGCCUCCGAAGUAUCGCAAGUAUGAGGUUCUUAUGUCUGAGGAUUAUCCAGCCCACGAAAUUCACAAGUGUGCAAACGGAGCGACUGUAAUAAUAUCGCCGAACAAAUCGGAUAAUGUGAGCGUUGGAGUAUGGAUGAAUUUCGGGUCGAAUACCGGACGUACCGAGGACGAGGGUGCUGUUCACUUCCUAGAGCACGUUUUGUUCAAGGGCACGUAUAACAGGCGUCAGGAAGACAUUGAAAAUUGGAUUGAGAACAAAGGGGCGCGACUUGAUGCCUACACCACGAAAGAGUUUGUUGGAUAUUUUGGAGAAUGCCUUAAGGACGACGCCGCCGAUUUGCUCUCCCUUAUCAUCGACAUGUUGACAAAUUCUAUCUUGGAUAAUAAGGUCAUUGACAAGGAGAGAUACACAAUUUUAAGGGAGUUGGAAGAGGUCGAGAAGAUUCCUGAAGAGGUUUUGUUAGACUGCAUUUAUGACCAGUGCUAUUCAUCUGGAAGCUCUUUGGGCCAGACGAUUUUGGGUAGUCGUAAAUCUAUUUGCGAGAUUACUGCAGCAGGAUUACGUUCUAUUUUGAAACGGUUUUAUACUCCUCCAAAUUUAGUAGUAACAAUAACCGGGAAUGUUGAUGUUGAUAGGAUACUGCCUAUCGUGGCAUCCCUGGCUCCUUCCUCGUACGCUCCAAUUACAUCUCGGUCAUCUGAGUUUCAAGCGGAUUGCCCAAAAGAGAGGAUUUAUGUCCACUUAAGCCCGGACCCGCAUCUACGGGAACCACUGAUGUAUCUCGCCAAAUCCGCGCCUUGCCCUAGUUGGCAGACGGAGUCCUAUGUGCUGACGGCGCUGUCAAGAAUGUUAUUACAGGAACAUUUACUUUCACAGGAAGAUGAUAACCAAGACGGAAUCCCCGUUCCCAAUGUCCAAGUACCCAGUUCUUUACCAAAGGCUAUACGAGCAUCUGUAGAUCAAUGCUUUGAUGCCUGCCACAGAACAGGCGGAAUGAUGGGAACAUACCGAUUGGAACACUUGGAGGCCUCACAAUUGAAAAACAUUCGCGAGUGGAUACAACGCAAGAGACUAGAAGUCAAUGAAAAUGUUGCCGCAGCUAUCGAAUCCAUGGACGAACUCGAUUUAGAAGCUACGAAAUCUGAACUUUGUAACACAGCACCUGCACAAACACGUCUUGGUGGCCAGACGCGUGGCGGCCUGGCGCUCGAGGGUGGCGGACACUUCGAUUAUGGUUAG